UAGGUUGGCUCUGGGAGCUUGCAUUCAUAAACGGAUAUGAUAAGCGUCGAAUGUACAGUGUACCAGCAAGAGAAACACACACAGUCAAGUCAGACCAUGGCGGAAGAAGACGACAUGACUAUUCGGAUUUUACAAAGCCUGCGUGGAAAGAUAUGUGAAGCUAAGAACCUGGGUCCCACCUCAGGUCCAAACCGCCAGCGAGACCUCUGCACCUUCUGCACCAUCAAUCUGGACCAGGAGGAGGUGUUCCGCACUAAGGUGUUUGAGAAGAGCCUGAGCCCCUUCUACGGAGAGGACUUCUACUUUGAGAUUCCACGACCAUUUCAGUGUUUGUCCUUUUACGUCUAUGCCAAGAGUGUUUUCCAAAGGGAUCUACCUGUUGGGAAGAUAUCCAUCCGUAAGGAGGACCUAUGUAAACACAGUGGAAAAGAGCACUGGUUUGGCUUGCAACCUGUGGACCCCAACUCUGAAGUCCAGGGUAAGGUCCACCUGGAGAUGCGUCUGAAUGAGCUGAUCACAGAAAACGGCUCUGUGUGUCAGCAACUGCUGGUGCGGAUAAUUGAAUGCCAAGGUUUGCCUUUGAUAAGUGGUCAGAACUGUGACGCUUACGCCACUGUUUCGCUUGUGGGACCUGCAAGGGUAGACCAGAAGAAGACCAAGGUGAAGAAGAAGACCAGUGACCCUCAGUUUGAGGAGACCUUCCACUUCGAGGUCACCAGGUCCAGCAGCUACACCAAAAAAUCUCACUUUCAAGUGGAGGAGGAGGACAUUGAAAAGCUCGAGAUCAAAGUUGAUUUAUGGAACAAUGGGAAUUUGGCUCAGGACAUUUUCCUGGGGGAGACGCGAGUAUCUGUCAAGAUCCUGAGAAAUGACCAUAUUCACAGGGCCUGGUACCUCCUGCAGCCCAAGGGGAAUGGAAGCAAGUCUAAGAAUGAUGACCUGGGCUCCCUGCGUUUGAAUGUGACCUACACCGAGGACAAUGUGCUGCCCUCCGCCUGUUACACACCCCUCCGCACCCUGCUGCUCAAGUCCCCUGACGUCAAGCCCAUCUCUGCGUCCCCGGCUCACAUCCUGGGGGACAUCUGCAGGGAGAGGUACGAGGCCGUCCUGCCCGUGGUGCGGCUGCUACUCCAUCACAGCCGCCUGGUGCCCUUCGUCUCUGCCAUCGCUGCCCUGGAGCUGGACAACACCCAGGAGGCCAACACCAUAUUCAGAGGGAAUUCACUGGCAACGCGCUGCAUCGACGACAUGAUGAAGAUAGUGGGAAGGAGCUACCUGACGGUGACCUUGAAGCCCGUGCUGGACGAGAUUUGUGAAUCCAACAAAACAUGUGAAAUUGACCCGAUAAAACUGAAGGAAGGGGACAACGUGGAGGUGAACAAGGAGAACCUCCAGGGCUACGUUCAGAAGGUGUUCUCCUCCAUCACCCAGUCCAGCUCCAGCUGCCCCCCCCUCAUGUGUGACGUGUUCAGGUCCCUGCGCCAGAUGGCCUCCAAGCGUUUCCCAGCCGACCCCCACGUGCAGUACUCUGCCGUCAGCAGCUUUGUGUUCCUGCGGUUCUUCGCCGUGGCCGUGCUCUCGCCACACACCUUCCAGCUGCGGCCCCACCACCCUGACCCUGAGGUGUCCCGUACGCUCACCCUCAUCUCCAAAACCAUCCAGACCCUGGGCAGCUGGGGCAGCCUGUCCAAGAACAAGCUGUCCAGUUUUAAGGAGUCCUACAUGUAUGAUUUUUUCAAGUCAUUCCAAGAAGAUAAAUGUAUUGGAAAAGUGAAGAAGUUCCUAGAUGAGAUCUCGUCCAACGUGAGUAAGGAGUCUAGUGGAGUGGAGGAUUCCGUUGUUCUGAAGGAAGGGGAGGUGCAGAAGAGGGCCCAGGGAAGAAGACGCAUUGGUAAGAAGAACUUCAAGAAGAGAUGGCUGAGAGUGACCAGCAGAGAGCUCUCCUACCACAAGCACAGAGGUAAAGAGGCAUUGUGUGUCAUCCCUGUAAAGAAUAUUCUGGCUGUGGAGAAACUGGACGAGAGUGCUUUCAACCGCAAAAACAUGUUCCAGGUGAUCCACAGUGAGAAGCCCCUGUAUGUGCAGGCAGGUAACUGUGUGGAGGCCAGCGAGUGGAUUGAGGUGCUAAGCCAGGUGUGCCGCUGUAACCCGGGGCGACAGGUCACGUACCACCCCUCCACCUACUCGGGGGGCGCGUGGCUGUGUUGCCAGAGGAGCGACAGCCAGCCGGGCUGCAAACCCUGCACCCCGACCACGCUGGCCAAUCUCCAGCUGGACAUCGACUGUGACAGGGAGACGGAGCGCAUCUACUUUCUCCUCUCCUCCAACUACUCCAAGCUCCAGAAGAUGGAGGAUGCCUGUGCCAGCAUAGCGGUGUACCAGGGUCCUCAGAGGGAGCAGGAUGACUACUCCCUCUUCACCAUCCAGGACCCCAAGGAGACGUUCCACAGCCUCAAGCAGAUCCGCCUGGUCCUGAAGGAUCUGCAGGAGCAUCACCACACCCGCAACGCCCUCACCGCCCAGUACGGCAGCCAGGAUAACCCGAUAGUGGGGAAGACAUCCUAACCAGCAUGGAGGCGUCUGACCUUAGAUGGCCACACCAGUGAUGGCACAAUGCCACCUGCUACAGUUCAACACUGGAGCCUCCAAACGUCAACAAGUGAGAAGGCGGCCUGCCACCACAGAGAGACAACAAGGAAGCUCUGAGGCGAUGCAGCGCCAUCCACAGGCCAAUUAGAGCAGAGCGUGUCGUCACCUGACCCUCACUGGGGGCUGAUGAUUGAUCCCCGAAGAGCCCCUCCCCCAAACACGUCUGAUCUCGACCUGAAGAGAAUGCUCUCCACCUCCUGUCCUCUGUUUUGUUCCUACACUUAUGUGAAAAAGCAUAGUUAAUUGGUGUGUGAAUAGGCUGCUAAAUCCAAUUUUUUGUAUUCACUCAAAAUGUUGUACCGUUCGUAAUCAUAAUCCUUUACAGUCCCUCACAGUCCUUAGUUUGGUUCUUACAGUCCCUCAUAGUCCUUAGUUUGGUUCUUACAGUCCCUCAUAGUCCUUAGUUUGGUUCUUACAGUCCCUCAUAGUCCUUAGUUUGGUUCUUACAGUCCCUCAUAGUCCUUAGUUUGGUUCUUACAGUCCCUCAUAGUCCUUAGUUUGGUUCUUACAGUCCCUCAUAGUCCUUAGUUUGGUUCCGUGCCCAUUUUUGGGCCAACAGCAGGUAUAGUUUCUCCAGCUCCCUCUGCUCCUCCAAACAAGUACUCCCCUCCUGUUUUUCAGCUCUUUUGUGCUUUGAACAAAUAUGGAUUUCAGAGUACAGUCAAGGGGAUAAAACCAAUCUGCCUUAUUUUAUUUUUUUCCCAACUGUUGUGGCUACUAAUCUCUUUAACACCCUAAAGUAAGGGAACAAUGCUGAAGCACUUUAAAUAUUUGGAAUAAUCCAGAUGUAAUCAUUUAGAUACGUGGUAUCAGAGAACCCCAUAUCGAUCAGUUAAAUGAUCUUGUGUACGUUUUUAUCUCAUUCUUGUACGAUAACCUUUCUUAUGACUAUUUUUCUGAAGCCAAAGACUAUUUUGCAGGGUUGACUUGAAAAGGGUAUUAUUGUAUUUUGAAUACAGAUGUUUUAAAAUGGAAAGAAAUAUAUAUUUCGUUCAUGUGUACAUUUUGGUAACCUAUAUUUUUUUCUUUUUUUAUGACAGACAAUUUGAUCACGUAACCUCUAAUAUUUUCUGAAAAAGUAGAGGAGCGAAUGAUGAAAACAUUUUAUGGUCAUAACAUUAGUCAAGUGAAUGACUGGUAGUAUGAUAUUGUGGGUAUCAUAGUUUACCUCAUCACCUCUGUUCUAUUUGAAAUACUGUUGCGGCAUAUUGUUGUCACAAUCGCCACAAAUCAACGUCUGUUGACACGUUGACCAUUUGAAGAUGAUCCCAGCCUAGCACGCAUUUGAAUCUGUCUUGAGAAGACCUUCCCUGGCUGAGACCAACCCCUGGUCACAGGAGAACCUCCCAGUUGACAGAAAGUUCCAGAAUUUGUGAUUAUACAAUCCAUAAUCAAAGACUUUAAUUCAAUCAUACGUUGGUUUGUGUUUUAGGAGGAUCAGGCCUGCACAAUUGUUUGUUGUCAAUCAUUUGUCUCAGUCUACCAGUUUGAAAGUCAAUAUGUAGAACAAAUACCUACCAACUUGAACUUUGGUUGAGAUAUGUUGCCGUCAGAACAGAGUUAUUAGUGUUGCAUAUUUUAGCUUUUGGGAAUAUUUGCUGUCAGAAAACCUGUCUUUGGUCCAUCAUAUUUCUAACAUGCAUGUCCCGUAUAUUUAACAGCAUUUUUUUUUUUUUACGUGUGCUUUCUAUGUCUAUUUUUCAAACACUGUGAUCUGACCUUGAUCUUUCAUAACUGUUUAUUUAAUGUCUCAAUGUUUUUCUUCAGUGGUACUAGGAAGCUGGCUAGUUGUCUGUCUCAGAUGGUAGAGAAAAGCAGAGUUUGGAUUCUGCGGUGUUACUGAGAUGAACCUGCUCAAAGCAACCCACCAUGCCCUGUCCCACUGUGCUCCUGUGUCCACGUCCUAGUCCAAGACUCACAACCUCCCUGUUCUCGUCCUGGUGGUGUUACCUGUUGCGUGUUUAAUGAAGGUUAAGAUAUCAUGCUCUUUCGUUUUGAUUUCUAACAAUCAUACCUUUUUGAUCAGGACAAGGGAACAUAUUUAUCCAGUCCACAUCCUCUCCCUAUUGGGAAUGUUAUCAUUGCAACAGCAGAUAACCAGACAUGCACCGGCCUUAGUCACCCAAGGAGUUAUGAUUUUUCAACUGUACGUACAUCUGUACUUAAUUCUCAUGCCUGACUUGGAAUUAAGGAAGGUACAUUUACGGUACUGGCUACAAGGAACUGGACAAGGAUCUUUGUAAGAUGACAAUGUACUUAUCCACAAAAUGGCUAACCGCGAUUGAAUAGAAGAUGCUGAAAUGAUAUCAAAAUGUUGCAUAAAAUCUGGUGAUUUAAAAACUGUCUUUGGUUAUAUGUACAUGACAAGAUACCACCACUUGAUGAAUGCACCAUUAUGUUUGUGUGUCUAAAUCAGGACUGUAGGACAUGGAUUCGUUUUCUUCUGUUAUUUAAAUGUUUUAUAGAUAUUUUCUCAAGAUUUCAGGGUUUUUUAUUUGUCCAUUGAAAAUAAUUUACAAUAAAACCUUUGCCAAUGUU